AUGGCAAGUGAAGAUCAAGCAGUUGUUGAUGCACCAUCUCCUCCAGUGGCGCCGACGGUUUGCGUCACUGGAGCGGCUGGAUUUAUCGGCUCUUGGCUUGUCAUGAGACUCCUUGAACGUGGUUAUAAUGUCCAUGCUACUGUUCGUGAUCCUGAGAACAAAAAGAAGGUGAAACAUCUGUUGGAAUUGCCAGAAGCUGAUACAAACUUAACGCUGUGGAAAGCAGACUUGACCGUGGAAGGAAGCUUUGAUGAAGCCAUUCAAGGCUGUCAAGGAGUAUUCCAUGUGGCUACCCCAAUGGAUUUCGAGUCCAAGGACCCUGAGAACGAAGUAAUUAAACCAACGGUCAGGGGAAUGUUAAGCAUCAUAGAAUCAUGUGCUAAAGCUAACACAGUGAAGAGGCUGGUUUUCACUUCAUCGGCUGGAACUCUUGAUGUCCAAGAGCACCAAAAAAUCUUCUAUGAUGAGACCAGCUGGAGCGAUUUGGACUUCAUAUAUGCUAAGAAGAUGACAGGAUGGAUGUAUUUUGUUUCCAAGAUACUGGCAGAGAAGGCUGCAAUGGAAGAAGCUAAAAAGAAUAACAUUGAUUUCAUUAGCAUCAUACCACCACUGGUUGUUGGUCCAUUCAUCACACCUACGUUCCCACCUAGCUUAAUCACUGCCCUUUCACUAAUUACUGGUAAUGAAGCUCACUACUGCAUCAUUAAACAAGGUCAAUAUGUGCAUUUGGAUGAUCUUUGUGAGGCUCAUAUAUUCCUGUAUGAGCACCCCAAGGCAGAGGGAAGAUUCAUUUGCUCGUCUCAUCAUGCUAUCAUCUAUGAUGUGGCUAAGAUGGUGCGACAAAAAUGGCCAGAGUACAAUGUUCCUACUGAGUUUAAAGGUAUCGAUAAGGACUUGCCCAUAGUGUCUUUUUCAUCAAAGAAGCUUAUGGAUAUGGGGUUUCAGUUCAAAUACAGCUUGGAGGAUAUGUAUAAAGGGGCCAUUGAGACUUGCCGACAGAAGCAGUUGCUUCCCUUUUCUACCCGAAGCACUGCAGACAAAGGACAUGACAAAGAAACCAUUCCCAUUUCUGCUGAAAACUAUGCAAGUGGCAAGGAGAAUGGGCCAGUUGUAAAUGGUACAGGAAAGUUAACUAAUGGUGAAAUCUAG